GCCUCCCCCAUGGAACAUGAGCUAGCCCCGUCAGAUGCCAUUAUAGACGUGCUGCCUCGAAUACCAGCUGGCCCAGCGCCAUCUUAUCGGAUCCCUGGAUCCGCCCACGGCACCACGGCACCACGAAUGGCCUUCCGGGAUAUAUUCAACCAUCAUGUCUGAUAGUGGCUAUCGUGCCUCAGGGCCCGGUAGUCUUGGCGUAGUGCUCCUCACGAUAUCGCCCGGCAAAGUCUCCGACUCCCGAUCAUGGAGCUGUCACCGUCCAACCUGAUAAAGAUAAUGUUUCGCAGACCAUGAGCUGCAACUAGCAUGCACGACAUUCCGCUACAAGAGCCGGCAUGAUCUACAUUGCUGACCCUUACAUCCGUCUUUGUGUCUGAACCCACCACCAACCGCACUCACUUGUGGCUUGAGCUGCUCCAACAUGGCCGACACGGAGAAGAAAGUCGACAUCGUCCCCGACGACACGAGCGUCCGCGUCGUGGACAAGACGCCAGUCGACCCAGAUGACAUCUACAUUGACCCCAAGAAGGAGCGCAAACUGCUCUGGAAAAUUGACCUCUUCCUCGUGCCCCUGUUGACCCUUUCCUUCUUGUCGGCGUACCUCGACCGCAGCAACAUUGGCAAUGCAGCCAUUGCUGGCAUGCCGGAGGAGUUGGGGAUGUCCAAGCAGCAACUGGCAAAUGCAAUCCUGUUCUUCUACGUCACAUACGUCCCGUUCGAGCUACCAGGAGCCCUUCUUGUCAAGAAGGUGAGGCCAAGCCGACUGCUGCCAACCUUCAUGUUUGGCUGGUCUGUCACCUGUCUCGGCACAGGUUUCAUGAAGACUCCCGGCCAACUCUACGCUUCGCGGCUGCUCACUGGUCUCUUUGAGGCCGGCAUGUACCCUGCCCUUGCCAUUACUCUGACGACAUUCUACACACCACGCGAACAAGCCCGCCGUUUCGCCUACCUUUACCUGUCUGUCGGUCUCUCCGGCGGCUUUGGUGGUCUCUUCGCCUACGCACUCUUGCAACUCGAUGGACGCCACGGCCUCUCUGGCUGGCGCUGGCUUUUCAUUGUGGAGGGUGUGCUCAGCAUCGGAGUCUGCUGCCUCCUGUGGGCCCUGAUGCCGGACAACUACGAGAGCGCAAAGUUCCUCAACGCCGAAGACAAGGAGCUCAUGCGGCUGCGCACGAUCAAGCACGACAGGUACAUGCGCCUCAACGAGACGUUUGACAAGCGCGAGGUCGCCAAGACCUUCAAGGACCCCAAGAUCUGGACCAGCGCGAUGGUCCAAUUCCUCGGGGACAUCCUGUCGUUUGGCACGUCGACUUUCAUGCCUGCGCUCGUGCGGAGCUUUGGUUUCGACUCGGUCCUCACGCAGCUGCUCACCGCGCCCAUCUUCUUUGUCGCCGUGGCCAUCUUCAUCACAUUGUCCAUAUGGUCUGAUAAAGUCGAGAAGCGCUUCCCGUUCAUGAUUGGGGGUGCCGUCACGUGUUGCGUUGGAUAUUCGCUGUUGAUUGGCCUGCCCAUGACGGCGAGGGGCGCGCUCUACUUUGCCCCGUUCAUCGUGACGCCGGGUAUCUAUAUCAUGCUUGGCAUGAACUACGUCUGGAUGCUCAACAGCCACGCGGGCUACUACAAGCGCGCGACGGCCAUUGGCAUCAACAUGACGGUCGGCAACUCUGCCGGCCUCGUGAUCGCCCAGAUCUUCAAGGACACCACCCCAGACGGGCGCUACGUCAUCGGCCUGUCCACCUCGCUGGGCUGCGGCGCCCUGUGCAUCGUCCUGGCGUUUGUCCAGUGGAAGUACCUGCGCCGCCAGAACGCCAUCCGCGAGGCGCUCACCCCGGAGGAGAGGCAGCUGUGGAUCGACCAGGGGCGGACUGGCGACGCGCACCCGGAUUACCGCUUCAUUUGUUAGAAAGAAAUGUUGUUUUCUUGGUGUUUGCGCGCUCAUGGCCUGUAGGGGAUGGGGGGGCG